UGUGGAGGUGAAACUCAUUUUAACUGGUUGGAGAAGUUGAAGGCCUCCAUUGUCCACCCACACAGGUGUUUUCACUUGUACCUGAUUAGGCUUAAUUCCUUUAGGACUGUGUUGACUGUGUUACGUGACAAACAGAACAAGGACUCGCUGAAAGACAACAGCUCCAUAGCACUACUCGACAUCGAGAGCUCCACAGAGAUGGCAGCCAUUCGGAAGAAGCUGGUUAUUGUCGGGGAUGGAGCUUGUGGGAAAACAUGUCUCCUCAUUGUUUUCAGUAAAGACCAGUUUCCUGAAGUCUACGUUCCGACGGUGUUUGAGAACUACAUCGCUGAUAUCGAGGUUGAUGGAAAAAAGGUGGAGUUGGCCCUGUGGGAUACUGCAGGCCAAGAGGACUACGACAGGUUGAGGCCUCUCUCCUACCCCGACACAGAUGUCAUCCUCAUGUGCUUCUCCAUCGACAGCCCAGACAGUUUAGAAAACAUCCCUGAAAAGUGGACGCCUGAGGUGAAGCACUUCUGUCCCAAUGUCCCCAUCAUCCUGGUGGGGAACAAGAAGGACCUGAGGAAUGAUGAGCACACACGGAUAGAGCUGGCCAAGAUGAAGCAGGAGCCAGUGAAGACAGAAGAAGUCAAAGACAUGGCCAGCAGAAUCAGUGCUUUUGGCUACUUGGAGUGCUCUGCCAAGACCAAGGAUGGCGUGCGGGAAGUGUUCGAGAUGGCCACUAGAGCGGCACUGCAGGUCCGCAAGCCCAAGAAGAGAGGGGGCUGCCUGCUGUUGUGAGCGGUCCAGACGCCAUAAAAUCAACUGACCAAUAGGAGGAAAAAAAGAAAACGCACAAGGACUGACCUUUUUCCAAAUUAAUCUCGCAUUUCACAAUAACGGCCAGGCAGUGAAUCAAAUGCAGACAAACUGAAUACAGGAAAUGAACUUUGUCUUUACAACAACCGUGCUUAGAAAUUUGUUUCAAGUUCCUUUUUAAUUUCCAAAAUGCAUCUUUACACAAGGAAUGUUUUCCUACUUUUUUCUUUAUAUCUGUAAUGUAAUGAGGCAGUAAUAAAUGCACAUAUUUGUAUGCAAUAUUGCUCAUCACGAGCUUGAGCAAGCAGCAUCCUUCUUCGCUUGUAUGAAGUCUUCAUGAGUAAAGUCCAGACUGUCCUGUCAGCAUCACUUCUGUUUAUCAGGGUAGUCCUGCUCUUUUGACCAUAAGAGCUAGUGCCUUUUUUCUUUUGUUUGUUUUUUAAGUUUAUACUCGUCUAUUUCUAAUUUGUCAGCUAACAUUUCAGCUGAGGGUGAGAACAAGCCAAUCGAGACGCAAGCCAAUAUGACUCAACUAUGCACAAUGUGUGUUGGGUCCAACAGCAGCUGAAACUGAAAUGAAGGCCAAAGUCUGGAGAAACCUCCCUUGUUUUGUUCAUUGAGGGUGACUCAUUUCAUCCUUUCUGUUACAACUCAAGGGAUCCGGUCAGUCACGCCUGGCGUUGGAAUCUGUGUGUUGGACCCAUUAGCCCAGUCGUGGAAACCAUGUCUUAUUCGAGCUGUUGGCAUUCGCAUGUGGAUGUUUCCAGUCGGAUAACAUUCUUUACAUGUUGUUGAGAGGACCUGUGUGUGUGAGGAGUUUGUUCUUUCCCCGGUGCCUUCUCUGUUGCGAUGUGCCUUUUGGUUGUUCUCUCCCAGACCAGACAGACCACCUGCUCCAUGCCAACCCGAUACUGACCGACAAGGUCAAGAGUGACCUUUCUGACGUGUUUCACAAAGCUUGCUUAUUUGAAUUGCUCCUAACACAAGAAAAAUGUCAGUUUUCUAAAAUGUCAGACCUUAUAACAUAAAUAAGAUUUCAUCCAUUAAUGCCUCAUUAUUAUCUUGACCGGUAAAGCAGGUUACACUGAUUUACAUCACAUACUUUUGCAUCAAGAAUGAAUCAUGGGAACAUUCUCUUAAAACAUAUUUUCUACAUCAUCUCUGGAAAAACAUGUCUGCAGCCAUAAAGAUUGUCUUUAAGGGCUAAGAAUGUUUUAAUGUUUUUUUGCUGCCAAAAAAAGUUGGUACAACUGUGGAAAAAUGGAAAUGGGGUUUAUUAGUCUGUCUUCAUCCUGAUCUAUGUUAAUCUUAAACUUCACUUCUUGGCGAGAAACAUUUGUCUCACAGGCAGAAUAUCUUCAAGGGUCCACACUGAAUAUACUUAAAGCAGCUUUUGGAGACAUGUCAGAGACCGUCAACUGCUCCUCUCAGAAUACUCCAUUUUGAACUUGAGCUGAAAAUAUAACAGCUUGACAUACAAUGGCUCAGAGUCUUCAUGGCAAUCCUUUUCUCCGCCUCUGUUGCUCACUGAUGUACUGUACAUGUCCCUUGGCUGCAUGUUGUGGUUGGUCUACAACGAGGGUGGAUGUUGAAUAAUGUGAUAUAUUUUUUUUUUAUUUUGCAUGCAACUUCUUACAAUGCCGGUAAUGGCAACAAACCUAACCAAGUGGCAGGAUCUGUAUCUGUUGUAUAAAAGUAAUGUCAUCUGUAAUGCAACUUGCCCUCUACUGGCCAGGCACAUAUGCUUUCACAGCUAGUUCUUUCCCCAGCUCAGAUGAGGCGUUGCUUUUGAUCACACACAUGCACCAUAUUAAUGUUACCUCAAACCUUUCUAGGGUGGCUCUGGUGUUUUACUCUGGACUUUGUGCAUCAUUGUGGACGACAACGAGCACACAGACAAGGCGAGAGUAAACGGAUCCUUAUGCCUAAAAGGUUUAUCAAUGAAAACAUGGGUCUUGAGUUAUGCAUUUUCAUAGUUGUGGCAUGAUGUUCACGGGUCUCAACAAGCUCGAUGCCAAGGAAUUCUUUGGCAUUAAAGGUCAGCAGAGACGGUCAAAUAACUUUCGCAGCUGGAGGCAAAGCAUGAUGAUGAAAGCAUUCCCUCAGAACAGCAGAGGAUCUAGUGUUGAACAUUUCACCAAGAGCAUGUAUAAUACUGCAGCUAUUGUGUACACAGAUAAUGUUGCGCUAUAUCAAAGGUUGUCUUAAUGUCGAUGCAUGCAUGAGAAAAAACAAUGGGUCUUGAACACACACACACACACACACACACACACACCAAUGGGAACAGCUUCUGCUCUGUGUUGUGUAACAUAUUUCUUUCUUUCUCUGGAAGUAUUUAAAAUGAUAACGGAUACCAAUUUACAUAAAAGUUCAUUGUUAUAAUGCUUUGUAAUCAACUCGCUGUAGUGACUGUUUGAUAUGAAGUGAACAUUGUUAAUAAACUAUUUUUGAGACAAGA